CUGUACUGGGAGGGCCCGAGCCAUUCGUUUGAGAAUGGCGAUACGAUCGUGCACGGCCAGCAGGGCGAGGUCGUCGGCCCCGCGACCGGCGCGCACCAAGGCAACGGCCUGGAGGUGCAAUUUCCAGGGAACAAAGGCUCCAUAAACUGCUAUCUGCCCCAGCUCAGCGUCGAAAAGCCGCCGCCUCUGCCGGGCGGUCACGACCUUGGCGACCAGCUGUACUACACGGGCCCGAGCCAUUCGUUUGAGAGUGGCGAUGAGCUCGUGCACGGCCAGCAGGGCGAGGUCGUCGGCCCUGCGACCGAGGGCACACGCCAAGGCAACGGCCUGGUGAUGCUGUUUCCAGGGAACAAAGGCCACGUAAACUGCUAUCUGUCCCGGCUCAGCGUCGAAAAGCCGCCGCCUCUGCCGGGCGGUCACGACCUUGGCGACCAGCUGUACUACACGGGCUCGAGCCAUUCGUUUGAGAGUGGCGAUAAGCUCGUGCACGGCCAGCAGGGCGAGGUCGUCGGCCCCGCGACCGGCGCGCACCAAGGCAACGGCCUGGAGGUGCGGUUUCCAGGGAACAUAGGCUCCAUAAACUGCUCUCUGCCAAACCUCAGCCGCGAGCAGCCGCCGCCUCUGCCGGGCGGUCACGAGGCCGGCGACCAGCUGUACUACACGGGCCCGAACAAGUCGUUUAAGUCUGGAAACAGGCUCGUGCACGGCCAGUCGGGCGAGGUCGUCGGCCCCGCGACCGAGGGCACACACCAAGGUAACGGCCUGCAAUUGCUGUUUCCAGGGAACAAAGGCUUCAUAAACUGCUCUCUGACCUGGCUCAGCCGCGAGCAGGCGCCGCCUCUGCCCGGUGGCUUCAGAGUGGGAGAGGAGCUCUACUUUAUUGGCGGCGGGUUCGUCGACGAGCAGGGGGACAAGGCCGUGUUUGGCUGCCGAGGAUCGGUCACCGGCCCAGCCCGCAACGGCGACGCUGACGCUGUUUCCAUGUCUUUCUCCGGCAACCGAGGGGACGUGCAUUGCCGGGCCCAAGAGCUCAGCCGCGAGCCGGCGCCCUCGCUUCCUGGCGGCUUCAUUCUCGGUGAGCAUCUCUACUUUACCGGAGAGAGUCCGAUCAUCAAGCGCAGACUUCCGCGCACCGACUUCGAGCUCGAGCUUGACAUCCUCGUGCGCGGCUCGCGUG